AGCGUGACCAGCGAGCCUGAAGCAAUUCUGCCAUGUAAUCGACUGAAGGACAAUUUCCGCUGCAGAGUUCAUCUGAGGGUAUUGACAACACUCGGAGACAUUCGAUCGUCUGGCUGAAGGGAGUUCGAUUCGGGAUGGCCACGCUGUGUCGUCUGAAGCUGGGCUCAUGGAUGGGUCAAGCCUGUCGUCUUCACACCAGCAGCAGCGUCUCUGCCAAGCUGCACUACAAGAUGCUGGUGCUGGGAGGAGGAAGCGGAGGGAUCGCCAUGAGUGCACGCAUGAAGAGGAUGCUGGGAGCCGAGAAUGUGGCUGUUGUGGAGCCCAGUGAGAUGCACUAUUAUCAGCCAAUUUGGACUCUAGUCGGCGCCGGUGCGAAAUCUGUCAACUCCUCAGGACGACCCACAGAAAGUGUCAUGCCAUCAGGAGUGAAGUUGGUGAAAUCCAAAGUCCAGGAAAUAAAUCCUGAAAUGAAUGUGGUCCGCACAGACGACGGGACAGAGAUAUCCUACGAGUACUUGAUCGUAGCUCUUGGCCUGCAGCUGCAUUUUGAGAAGAUCAAAGGGCUACCAGAGGGAUUCCAACACCCAAAGAUCGGGUCAAACUACUCCGUCCAAACAGUGGAGAAGACGUGGAAGGCACUGCAGGAAUUCAAAGAAGGAAACGCUUUGUUCACAUUCCCAAACACACCGAUAAAAUGCGCCGGAGCUCCUCAGAAAAUAAUGUAUCUCUCUGAUGCCUAUCUCAGGAAGACAGGGAAAAGGUCAAAGGCCAACAUCAAAUACUACACAUCGCUGCCUGUCAUCUUUGGGAUCAAGAAAUAUGCUGACUCACUAUGGGACAUUGUGACAAACCGUGACUUGGAGGUGAACUUGCGUCAGGACUUGAUAGAAGUGCGAGCGGACAAGCAGGAAGCUGUGUUUGCUAAUCUGGACAAACCUGGUGAAACCAAAGUGGUGGAGUACGAGAUGCUCCACGUCACGCCGCCCAUGGGACCCAUCUCAGUAGUGAAGAACAGCCCACUGGCCGAUGAGGUCGGGUGGCUGGACCUCGACAAAGAAACGCUGCAGCAUAAGAAGUACCCAAAUGUCUUUGGUAUUGGCGACUGCACAAACCUGCCAACGUCAAAAACAGCUGCAGCUGUCGCGGCACAGUCGGCUGUCCUGCACAGAACCAUUAAACAAGUCCUGAAGAAGGAGAAGCCUGACAAGAAGUAUGACGGCUACACGUCCUGUCCGCUGGUGACGAGCUACAACACAGUGAUUUUGGCAGAAUUCGACUACAAUGGUCAACCUCUGGAGACGUUCCCCAUCGACCAGGGGAAGGAGAGGAGACUGAUGUACCACAUGAAGGCCGAUGUGAUGCCUCACCUCUACUGGCACGGCCUCCUCAGAGGUCUGUGGGGAGGACCAGGUCCUUACAGAAAACUCAUGCAUCUUGGAAUGAAGUGAAAGGUUUCAGGUGGCAUCUUUGGUGUUUUUAAUGCGUAAAGUAUUUGUGUGUUUCUGGAAAAUUGGACAUUUCCAGAAAGCUUUUUAAUCUGAGCCUCAAUAUCAUAGAAAAUGUUUUGCCUGCAAACUGGGGCUUAGAUUGUGAUGCUACAUGGUGUUUAUGAAACAGUCAUCUUUUUAUUUGUGUACAGCAUCCAGUGCGACCAGACCAAGAUGUAUAAUGUCUUUCUAUCAAGAGGGUUUUAAAGAACAUUGUCUUCCUACUUGGGCUCCAACAACCAGUUGACAUAGUCAACUACAAUCGAAUAUUGAAUUAGUCGCCGACAGCUUCAUGACUCGACUAGUCGUAACGUCAUCAUUCUCUAAGCACGAUCCGUAAUAAACUGAGGUUACAGCAAGCUUCAAAACAACAUUUAUUAAGCAUUUACAAUAAUUUACGUACAUUUUCUAUCUUAUCUAAAUUAUCUGAAGUAUUACUUAUAACACUACAAUCUGACAUUUUGGGGUGUUUAUCAAGCCAUACACGUCUGUGACUUGACAGUGAUUUGUCAAAAUUGUUUCCCAUUCAAUUUCUAAAACAUUUUUUCUGCAAAUAUGGUUUACCUUUUUAACUCCAAAGCUGUCAAGAAUUAUUUCAUAAUGUUUACCUUGAAAUAAACUGUGUAUUAUCAGCGCUUCCAAACCAUCAUGUGGCCUUAUUGUGGUUGUAUGCAGUGCAUUUACUGUCUGUGUUUAUACCGUUUUCAGCUGCUCAUCCAUGUCAAUGAAUUACUUUGAACUCCAAGCCAAAUAAACAAGAAUCUUGG